AGUGAAAGGGCUACCAAAGCUCAAUGUUUGCUUAACCAAGGACCUGUGUCCGUUUAUGACGUGUUUUUCUGCACUUUGCCAGCGAAAGGCUGUAAGCUAUACCAAGGUCAUCAAAAUGGCUGCACGCCGCGUGUUCCAUGGAGCGUUUCUGCAAAUUUUCUUGGCCGUGUGGAUGCUGGGCCUGCUGUAUGAUUGUCAAGGGGCAUCGCUAGGUGACACAUUGGAGCAGGAAGAUGGAUCUAAACUACAGGAUGACGCCCAAAUGCUUGUCUCUGACGUCAGAAUCAAACGACAGGCACAGAGUACUGCUGCUACAGCGACGAACCCCACCACAGCGACGAACCCCACUACCUUUGCAUACCCCGGUACCGGUACCCCUGCAGUCACCCCCCACAAGUCUCUCCUGGACGUCAUCAUGGAACAGGGUAACGUCUGGCCCUUCUGGGUAAUAUUCGGCGCCGCCGGAGGAGUGGUGGCCAUUUUCGUGCUCGCCUUCAUCAUCCAUGCUGUGACGAAGAAGGAAGAAACAGCCGAGGAGAGAAUGAAGAGACUUGAACUGGCUGAGGCAGCUAGACAGUAGUCCGCGUGUGUGAGGGCAGUAAGGAUAAAGCUUGCAGGGAGGAUAAUCUAAUGAUACGAGUUUGAGCAGCUUUUUUAAUGUUUUGUUUUCCCGUAUACCUUAACCUUCCUCCCUACUGAAGCAGCAUUUUGGCACCAACUAGGUUACAGGGUCAGGUAGCAUUUAUUAGGUUAAAUCUCCUACGUUUAUAACCCUACAAUUGGCAUUGCUAAAAUUGUGAAUAUUUUAGGCUCUAUUUCGCGAAUGAAACACCUAUUUCACUGAUAUCAAUAAAGUAAAUGAAUGGAUUAGCGUGACCAGAAUAUGGAAUGUAAAAGCAAACUCUCUUUAAUUAAUAGGUUUGAUCAUUAGUGAGUUUUUUUCAUUGCAAUGGUUGAAGAGUUUCACAAUUUAACUAUCGUGACAAGCUAUAUGUGUUACGUUAGCUCAAUCAGUUGUUUGAUAUUUCUAUGUACACAUAUGAGCACUCGCUGUUACACCGUGUUUCACCAAGUCCUUGGUUUCACGUAUCAUAAUUGAUCUACUGGUAGUGGCGGCUUCAGUCAUAGAUUUCACUUCUUGUGUUGUAUACAUUUUAAGAGGAUGACCUUAAACUGAUAAAAACGUUGCAGUUAAUUAAUAGUGAAUUAGAUGGCACUUUCAUGUGAAUCAUCAGACGAUAACAUUCACAUAAGGUCUCUAGUGGUCCUUUUUGUAUGUACAUGCAUUUUCAAGAAUUUGUAUUGUUUUCUCUGCCAUGAACGACAUAACAUCGGGCACGAACAUUGACACAAAUGCAGAACUGACGUUUUUGUUGUUUUAAUACACCACACGAAUAUAUAUCCCCACAACUUCUUUCAUUGCAGUUUAAACCUUGCCUAUGUCCCCUUAGUUCAAGUCUGGACUUAAACUACUCUUUCUGAGCUAUUCUGAUGACCAUUCACUUGACACCUAGAUAAUGUGAAUGUAUAAUGGAUUCUGAAAAUAGAAAUAAAAAUAAUAAAUUCACCGACAUCUUGAAAUUCUGAUUAACCUUUGACACCAUGAAAAAUUCAAGUCUCACCCUAGUAUUAUAUCCUGGUAUCUUAUCUUAUACAUCAACUACUAUUGUAAUCUUGAUCCUCCAUGCAUUACUGCGUGUCUUGUGUAUGGAAUUAAAUGAAGUAAAUGAAUAUCAAUGUAUUUAGUCCACAUUGCAAGCUGCAGUCCUGCCGGUAGUCGAAGUUGCUGUCCACACUAUGGCCACAAUAACUAUCACCUGGUACCUUAAUCUAUCAGUUUCCCAUUUCGUAUACUUCAGCUCAUGUCCCUAAAUGGUCCACUCAGGGCAAAAUAAUGGUAUUG